ACCAAAAACGGGUGAAGGCUUGUUCGGUGAAUCUUGAAUUGAGCUGAGCAGCGCUGCUACAAUGGAUAGCGUCAAGAGUCCGGAUAGAAUCACACCAUUGCCCUUCACAAGUGGUGAAGAGUAUUUACGUUUGUUGCGCGAAGCGCAACGCGAAUCAAAUCACUCCAGUCGUGUUGUCUCGCUGGCCAGUUCGCGCCAUGAUACACCCAGGGAUAGCCCCAAAUCGCCACCAAACAGUCCGAAUACCGAGCUCACACCCAAUGAAGAUCUCAAGAAUGUUUACAUUAAUUAUUGGAAUAAGGGGGGAGAUAGUCACAAAGACACAGACUGGCUGGAUGAAUGGAAUAGCCGACCGGAUCAAGAACCACCAAAAGAUUGGAAAUUUGAACAUCCACAAAAAAAGAAGGGUGCUGGUUAUUCCAUUCGUUUGACGCGUCUUGGCAAGAAUUCGCUAUUUUCCAGAGAGAUACUAUACCCGCUCAUUUUGUCGAAUGUGCUGUCCUUGUUAUUAGGCGCUGGACUAGGCUUAUGGCUCAGCAAACGUGACAUUCUCUUGACCCGAGUUGUCAUUGACUGAACGGAAUGUUAAAGAAAAGUGAUUUAUAU